UUAACUAUUAAAUGGUUUCAAGUGCCUGCUGGUUGUUGUCGCUUAAUCGGCACAAAUAACCAACAAGAUUCAUUGAUAAAUGAAAAGGUUAUCUAUAAAAGUUAAACAUGAUACAAUCAGUGCGAUACACUCCUUCCUGUGUGAUAAAUUUCACGUUUCGGAACUCUGUAAGACUGCGACACAAAUUAAAUAAAGCUAAAGAAGAAAAACCACCUCCGAAAGUUGCCCAAGAUGUCAUGAACUACAUUGAAAAUACACCUGAAUAUGCUGGUAUUAGAAAUCAGAUACCGAAGUUUCUUUUAAGGAAAUACAAAGCUCCUGAGAGUAUGUACCUUAUAAAUGAAGGUACUGCCAAAGAAAUUGUCCAGGCUGUAAAGAAGAAUCUGAUAAUACACUCCCCUAUAGUUGAAGUUAAUCCAGGAUUGGGAAUUUUGAGUAAGGAAUUACUACAGUGCCAAAAAACUCAUCUGUAUAUGUAUGAAAGUUCCAGUCAUUUUUCUCAAUAUCUAAAAGAUUUACAAUCAAACUAUCCUGGACGAGUGAAUUAUAAAAUAGCAGACUUUUUUGGGAUGUGGAAGCUUGCAUUUCAAGAUAAGAUGGACCAAGGGAACAGAAUUCAAGAGUUAUUGGGUGAUUUGGCAACUGAUGAUCCUGAUAGAGUGGUUACAAUAGUAGGAUCAAUGCCUGGCCUGUCUUUUGUCAAACAUUUGAUAAACACCAUAGUGUUUCACAACACUACUAGCCAUCUAGGCAGACCAGAUCUGUUCAUCACUAUGCCUGGACAUCACUAUGAAUUCCUAACGGACAAUGAGAUACAGAAUAGAAAACAUAUGGCAGUACCAACUCUGUUUCAGCUUCUAUUUGAUUUCAAAAUACUUGCAAAUGUACCAAAAGUGCAUUUCUUACCAUGGACAUAUCCCACAACUAACAAGAGGGUUACACUGAUGGAUGAACAUCGCUUGUACUUAGUGAAUAUCUCCCAAAAACGAGAGCUGCCAGUUCCACCUGAGUAUUUGCCCCUGCUAUGGUAUUUCUUCAAGCCUCACAUGUUUUCCAAGUCCACAAGGGUGAUUCCAAUGUUAGAACAAUGGAUACCUGGUUGCGGCGUGUGGCUGAUCACGGGCCAGGACCCGCCGGACACCGACCGGCGGCUGGCGCCGGGUGCCGGCGACGCGCCGCUGCCGCACAUGACGAUAUUCACAGAGUUCGGAGACCUCAACCUAAAGCAGAAGAUUACUGUCUUUAAAAAAUUAAUAUCAUGGCCGGAAUUCGAGCAAUGUCCAUUCCGGGUAUCCAUGGAGAAUAAUCUACCAAAGUUCGUGACCGCAGUCGAAGACGACGAGAAAACCAGUAUAGGCUCGCCUAUAGACGAUAUUGAAAGUUCAGAUACCGAAAACGAGACCUGA